GGGGCCUGCUGAUUGAGCGCUGCAGUCCCAUCAGCCUGUGUCUGCUACCCCAGGACCACCCCACCCUGAAUUUUGGAGACCUCAACAAGAUGGCUGCUGGUGUGAUACGGCCUGUCUGUGACUUCCGGUUGCCCCUGCCAUCACACCAGUCCUUCCUGCCCACAGACCUGGAGGCUCCAGAUACUUCCGAAGAGGAAGAAGAGGAGGAGGAAGAGGAAGAGGGAGACCAUGAGCUGCAAGAUGAGGGGCCACAGGGCUGCAGCCCAGAUUCCCAGAGCUCAGGAGUGGCCCCCCAGAGUCCCAGCAGCCCGGAGACCCCAAUGCAGCUGCUGCGCUUCUCAGAGCUCAUCAGCGGUGACAUCCAGCGGUACUUUGGACGCAAGGACACAGGGCAAGACCCAGAUGCCCAAGACAUCUAUUCUGACAGGCAACUAGCCAGCUGCUCUGCCCGGGAUCUGUACUAUGCUGAUCUGGUAUGUUUGGCCCAGGAUGGGCCCCCAGAGGAAGAGGAGGCUGCUGAGCUCAGUGUGAAUUUGCCGGGGGGGUCUGAGGGUCAGAUGCACAGGUUGGGCCACAGAGGAGACAGGGUGCCACCGCUGGGCCCCCUGGCUGAGCUCUUUGAUUAUGGGCUCCGGCAGUUCUCCAGGCCCAGAGUGUCAGCUUGUCAAAGGCUGAGGCUAGAGAGGAAGUAUAGCCACAUCACCCCCAUGACCCAAAGGAAAUUGCCUCCAUCCUUCUGGAAGGAGCCUGUGCCCAACCCACUAGGCCUGCUGCAUCCAGGCACACCAGAUUUUAGUGAUCUGCUGGCCAGUUGGUCUGCUGAGGGUGGCUCCGAACUGCAGAGUGGAGGCACCCAGGCCCUGGAGGAGACACCGAUGACUGAGAUCUAGUA